UCCGUCGGCCAUUUUGUGGGAGAAGCUGCAGCGCCGCCUCCUCUACAGCGUCCCGGCCCCGCUCGCCGCCGCCUCUUCCUGCCUCCGCCCGGCUUCCGCCGCCGCCGCCGCCGCCGCCGCAGCCGCAUCCCAGCCCCGGGGCGAGAGCUUCGCGCGGUGUGCGCCCGUGUCCCCGCCUCUGCCGCCUUCCGACUCUGCGUCCGGGCGAGCCCCGCAGCCAUUCUGCACCCUCCGCGGCCUCUCACUAGUGUCGCAUGUCCACUAUCCAGAACCUCCAAUCCUUCGACCCCUUUGCUGAUGCAACUAAGGGCGACGACUUACUCCCGGCCGGGACCGAGGACUACAUCCAUAUAAGGAUCCAGCAGCGCAACGGCCGCAAGACGCUGACCACCGUGCAGGGCAUCGCGGACGACUAUGACAAGAAGAAGCUCGUGAAGGCCUUCAAGAAGAAAUUCGCCUGUAAUGGUACUGUGAUCGAACACCCUGAGUACGGAGAGGUGAUUCAGCUUCAGGGCGACCAGAGGAAGAACAUUUGCCAGUUUCUUCUGGAGGUUGGCAUUGUUAAGGAGGAACAGCUUAAGGUUCAUGGAUUCUAAAAUGAGCCUGAACACCAGGAGAAUUUCUUGAAUAGUUAUCUCUGGACACGGUUUGGCUGCCUUGUGAAAUGCUUCUCUGCAGUAAACGGACUUCUCAUUUAGUUAAUCACUCCAGGUUCCAUUCCCAUCUGCAUGCUGUCAGAGACCAUGGGGUAUGUAGGCCAGUAACACAUAAGAAAAUUGCAGUAAGAUGGUAAAGAAAUCACAUCCUCAUCUUAACAUGUUUCCGAUGGUUUUGUGUGUUCAUUUGUUUGUUUUCCAGUUUGUUACUUUCCACUUGAUUAAAUGUUGUUUUGUUGUAUUAGACCAUGUAUGUUGCAGCUUCAAAUAAAAUGAAAACUAAGAAUCCUUUUGUCAGCUGUUAGGUCCCCAUCUAAGCAAAUAGGAUGUACAUGUGUGUUAUCUUUGAUAAUUGGCCUUCUUGGCUGGGGGCUGGGUAGACAGCAUAAUGGUUAUGCAAAGAGCCUCAUAUCUGAGGCUCCAAAGUUCUGGGUUCAGCCCCCCAGAGAAUAAAAAUAAUAAUUGGCCGCCUUA